UGCUGUUGGUUCAGUGAACUGCUGGUGGUGAUGUGGACGAAAUAACGGUCCCUACUUCAUCACCUCUGGACGCGAAAUGACGAGAUAAAACCAGCCAUUUAAAAUAUUUUCUUGGUGUAACUGCGUAAUUCGCUUCUCAUAGGCGCGUUACAUUUCUUUGCUUUGUUUUGACUUUACAGCGAGAAGCAACAACAAGCUAGCUCCAGGCUAGGAGGGCUAGCUAACGUUAGCUAGCAGCGUAGAUAUAACGCUCAGCUGCCGACACUUGAAGCUUUAUUUCUAAAGAAAGAGGCAAGUUUCUGGGGUUCAAACGACAAUGCAGCGAUUAGAUAAGUGGCUGGCUUCCCUGUGAACGUUGGCCAAUUAACUUUGUCUGCUCCAAAAGGGUUGAGAUGAUGAGCUAAAUUGAUGCUUUGAUUGAAACCAGCGCAGAUCAAACAACUGCAGUGGAGAUGGGUCAACUGUGGCGGCGAGACAUCACCCUCUCAGGGAGCUUGGGGAAUGACUCUCCUGUUGGCAUUGCCCCAGGGCCCCCAGCCACGGUGGCUCCACAACAAUCCAACACUUCCUGGGUACCAGAAGCCCCAGUGGUCACAGCAGAAGAGCCAAUUUUCCUCAUGACCUCCACUGCCCAAACGAUAUCAGGUUUUUUCGUGUGGACGGCUCUUCUGAUCACAUGCCACCAGAUUUACAUGCACCUGCGUUACUACAGCUCUCCAAAUGAACAGAGGCACAUAGUGCGGAUCCUCUUCAUAGUCCCCAUCUAUGCCUUUGACUCAUGGCUCAGCCUUCUUUUCUUCACCAAUGAGGAGUAUUAUGUGUACUUUGACACAGUUCGAGACUGCUACGAAGCCUUUGUCAUCUACAACUUUCUGAGUCUGUGUUAUGAGUAUCUGGGAGGAGAGAGCGCCAUCAUGGCUGAGAUCAGAGGGAAACCCAUCGAGUCAAGCUGUGUGUAUGGGACCUGCUGUCUGUGGGGAAGGACGUACUCCAUUGGUUUCCUCAGGUUUUGCAAACAGGCAACUCUGCAGUUCUGUGUGGUGAAACCCCUCAUGGCAGUGAUCACUGUCAUUCUUCAGGCCUUCGGGAAAUACAGAGAUGGAGACUUUAACGUUGCGAGUGGCUACCUGUACGUGACCAUUAUCUACAACAUCUCUGUCAGCCUGUCGCUCUACGCUCUCUUCCUCUUCUACUUUGCUACACGAGAACUGCUUGUCCCGUACAACCCUGUGCUCAAGUUCUUCAUGGUCAAAUCAGUCAUCUUCCUCUCCUUUUGGCAAGGGAUGCUGCUGGCCAUCUUGGAGAAGUGCGGAGCCAUCCCUCAGAUCAGCUCGGCUGACUUCUCUGUGGGCGAGGGAACAGUUGCCGCUGGUUACCAGAACUUCAUCAUCUGCAUUGAGAUGUUCUUUGCUGCUGUUGCUUUGCGCCAUGCCUUCACUUACAAGGUCUACAUGGAUAAAAGACUGGACUCAUAUGGCUCAUUUCCUAUCUAUGGACAAUACGGUCGCUGUGCCCCCAUGAAGAGCAUCUCCAGCAGCCUAAAGGAGACCAUGAAUCCAGGGGACAUGGUCCAGGAUGCCAUCCAUAACUUCUCCCCAGCUUAUCAGCAGUACACGCAGCAGUCCACACUGGAGCGAAGCGGGGGGCCACCCCUUUCCCGCAGCCACAGCAACCUCAGCACCCGCGGGGACAACGAAAAAACCCUGCUGCUCAGCUCUGACGACGAGUUCUGAGACUCACGUUACUCCUGUAGCCCAGAUUAAGUUUGUAUCAGCCAUGUGAGACAAAUCAGAUCUUUUGUUGCCACCUUUACAGGAAGAUUGAGUUUUCUUUUCUUUUUACAUUUAGAAAACAAUAAAAAGAUUCAUGUCAGAAUUAUGAAACUGUGGUUAACAGACUGGGAGAAGAGUGUUUUUACAAGGAAAGAGAGGUUUUAAUUGGUAGAGUAGGAGAAGAGGGGGCACAAUGGGUAUAGAGAUGUUAAAAAUAUAGUUUGGAAGAAAUAAAGUCAAGAUGUUUAGACAUUAGGUUUAUUAACCAGUCAAGUUGUCAUUUGUUUUGAUGUCAUAGAGGCCAUUACUGACAGAACUACCAUAUCAUAUGGGUACAAAUAACCGUGCCUGCAUAUAGAGUCCUCAUGCUGCACUUUAAACUCCUCAGCAAAAAAUUACAUGACAGAUUUAAGGUGUACGCUAGAGCAAAUAAGUGCCAUCUUCAUCUGAAACACAUGGCCUCCUCCAUCUUUUAGUUUUUAUAUCUAUUCUCAAUCCAAACUCCUCCUCACCCCUCUGCCAGUUCUGCCUCGUACCGAAACAUUGCCAAAUAUAGGGAGUACCAUGUGCUCUAGUUGACAAGACACUGUCUUAAAAUUUAGAAUUGAUUUAUAGUCAAGCAAAACUAAGGAGCCUUUGAAUUGCCAGGCUUCGUUUUAAUAUAUAAGAAUUUAAUCUUUUUUUUAUUUAAAUGUUGUACGACCUUGAAGGUAUAACUCAUUUAAAGAGUAGUUUGUUGGAAAAUUUGUUAUUCCAGAUAUGUUAUAAAUAUUCCGUGUUUGUUUUCAUUUUGUUGUUAUGAAGAAGUGACUCUAAGGUGUAAUUGUAUGACUCUGUUGGCCUGACUUGGAUCUCCUCGUUCAUUGUCGUUUGUGGAGCAGUGAGGGAACAGCUGUGGCAGAGGUUUUAAGCGUGGGCAGGGGAAACUGACGGAAGGACAACACCCUCGCAGAUUACAGAUUACUGAAGAAGCAACACUUCCCCGCAGAUCCGGCCCAGCUGUGAUGUGUUGCGGAUUGUAAUCCCAUAAUUAAGGGCAUUACGUGUAGCACGGAUCAGGCUUGCAUCUGCUGGUGGUGUUUGUAAUGGCAUCACUGCUGUAGUUCGUCAGGACCUUGGUUGCUACAGACUGAUAAGGCGUUGCAAAGAUGUGUCAGUGCAAACAAGGCUUUAAAGGUCCCAUGUUAUGCUCACGUUAAGGUUUAUUCUUUUAUUUGGGGUUUCUAUUACAAAAUGUCUACACAAUUUAAUGUUCAAAAAACACUGUAUUUCUUAUAAUGUCAGCCUGAAGAUACCUGUAUUCACCCCCAGUCUAAAAUGCUAUGCCUGCCUCUUUAAGACCCCCUUUAUACAAGGUCUAGUCUGCUCUGAUUGGUCAGUUCUUUCACAUUUACACUUUAUGGAUUUGUAAAGAGAACUGGAUACGGCGUUGGUCCCAGGCCCUUGUUCAUUUCUAGGAAAGUUUGCCAGUGGUGCAUGAAGCCAAAAAAAGAUUGAUUUCUGCAGGAUGAAAUUACCUGGAUGUACUGCAAUGUGGGGCCAAUUGAGCAGGUGCACUAACAGUGGCAGAGAGGCUAAUUUCUGGUUUAGUGCUGUGCUAACUUGAAUGGGGAUAAAAUGAUUUAAUUGUGCGGCUCUUCUAGACAUAUGAAAUGUUAUUGCAUCGAAUGGAUCGGUAGUGAAACAAGUCUUUUUUUUAGGAGUUGUAACCCUCAAAAAAUGCACGGACUGUCGGCAUUUAUCUGUGGAUUGAGCCUUUUGAUACUUUCACACUAUUUAUUUGGCACCUUUACCUGCUUUAUAAUAAAAAAAAGACUUGGAAAUCUGA